AUGUCCACUAAUACUACUGAUAUUAACAAUAACAAUAACAAUAACAAUAUAACAACAACAAUGAUCUCAAUACCUCAUCAGGCAAUGGAUCUAACAACCACGUCCUUGGGACCAACCUUACUGCUACCCCACAAACAGGCACCACCGCUACGUCCACUUUGUAGAUCUCACAAUGGAACAUGCGCAACAAAUACACCAAACAUUACAACAAGCAAUAACAUUACAACCACAAAUAGUAAUAAAUUUUCAGCAAUUAUUACAACAACAUUACAACAAGUAAUCGCAUUACAACCACCACAACCACAACCACAACAACAAGAACCACAACCACAAGAAGAAGAACCUCAACAACAAGAGCCUCAACCACAACCACAACAACAAGAACCUCAGCCACAAUCACAACAACAAGAACCACAACAACAACAACAACAACAACAACAACAAGAACCUCAACCACAACCACAACAACAAGAACAACAACUUCCUAAAUAA